CGUCAAGGCACAUUGUGCCAGACUGGCAACAGCACAAGAUCCUACAUCUAUUGAACUUUGAAUAGAUCCUGGAACAACACAGCUAACGGGUUACUGAAGUUAUCCGUGCAAAGUCAAUGCUAUAAAGAUACAGCAACUCGCCAGAAGACAGAAAAAAACAAUGACCAUCGAUUUCACUAGACUCAUUUUCAUAUGGCUGCUGCCACUGACAGGAAGCAGCACAGUAACAUCUGGCCAGGAUCACAAUUUCACUCAUGUGACGGCAGGUGAGGUAGGAAAUAAGCUCACUCACGACCAGCUGACAACACAGGAGUUGUCAAGCUUAAAUCCACUCUCAGAGGUCUCAGGUAAACAUUCACUGCAAACAACUCCAACAACGCCUUCGAAGACAUUCUUACCAAAUAUUCAAACAGCACCGACUCCCAAUCCCAUAUCAUCUCAGCUAAACAACUCCAUAGUGGGCAUCAAUUCUUCCACAGAAGUCACAACAUCAGCAACAACGAUGGAAACUAGUCACGGCAGCAACCCAACCAUAACUACAAGAGUACCUCCAAUGCUAAGCAGCUCCACCCAAAGCCUAGACACAGGAAAAACAUCGACCUUCCAACUCACCAGUGAUAAAAUGACACGUCAAACACAGUCUACCAACCUCAUCUCUACUACAACCUCAUCUACCAAACAUGUUGACAGCAAGUCUACAAGGACAAGGCCAGUCACAGGUGGUGAUGCUACACAGUCCACAAAAAGUUCAAUGGCCAUGACAAAGACACCACUCACCCACACCACCAGGGCAAAGAAAAGACAAAAUUCUCUAGAAAAAAAGGCAAAGCCCAAACAGGAAACAACCCACAGUAAAGCAGUAGCAGGACUCAUAGGUGGGGCCCUGGUAUUGAUGAUGGUAGGAUUCCUGGUCAUCUAUAUAAAAAAACAAAAGCUUCAGAGGCAGCAGAUAACAACUACAGACUGGGCUGGCCCUUCACCAUUUUUAGAGGGUGGAGCUGACAACGGCCAGGUAACACUGAGGUCAUCUAACCGAAUUUCUCUCUCUAGCUUCCUGCCUCUGAGGUUGUCCAAAAGGUUGUCCCUGCUCCCGGAAACAGAUGAGGAGUUAGAAGACAUGACACCAGGUACUACGUUUGGAAAUAAACAUCAAGGGAGUUCAUUUGGUCGAGUGGUGGAUGAAAAUGAUGUACAAGAAGGCAAUAAUGAGACUGCUGUAGUUGUUUUAGAAAUGAAAAGCACAGGAGCUGCUUAGGGUCUCAGGUAACCCAAAGUCAACUCCCCACCCCCCAUCGCCAUGCAUCCACUUCCAUUGGUUUCUAGGCAGCAAAAGCUAUGAUUGAAACACAGGAAACUAACUUGUUUUCAUUUGAGGAAAUCAUGACAAGAGAGAAGUGAUGUUUAUCUAGUUCUCUACUGUAGAGUGUAGCAGUAAAAUAUGAACACAGAAGGUCACAAUUAAAGAAAGGAAAAUAUAUAGUAUCAACAACAUUUAUUAUCAUUAACAGUAGGGAAAAAAUGGAUUUUAUUUAUCGUGUGUGAUGCACAGGGCAAAGUUGGAGUCAUAAGUUAGGUUAUUGGAGGCUUUCCUGUAAGUCACCCUGGCAUUAUAGUUAUCAGCAAGGUCACUCCAGGGAUUUUCAGCUUAGACCCCUGCUGUAUUUUCUUUAACACAGAGACCAGGAGAGUGAAAAUCAUCUUCUCUGCCCUCUGUGUGUUGCUGUGCUACUGGGAAAAACAUAACCAUAAGAUACAUGCAGACAUUUUUUUCAUCUAGUAGCUGAUGAAAAAGCAGAAGGAUAUGUGGUGGUGAGAACAAACCGUGAUACUUUCGGUGCAGCACAGAGGCCAGCAUACUGUUUAACCCAUGUUAACAGCUGUGAAUACCACAGGCGUAAUACCAAUGUUUGCAUUUCUACACUGGGCUUAGACUUAUAGACUGCUUAUAACUGAGUUUUGCUCCAUCUUGCGCCAGUGGAAGUGUGGGCACCACCAUCAUAAAAUAGAAACCACUGGCUACAGGACUGUUUGCCACAAACCCCAUUUUCCCAUGCCUGAGCACUUUCACCUCCCAGCUGCACCUUCUGCUGUCAGGGUCUUUCUACUGGAAGUUCUAAAUGAAGCUUUGAAAAACAAUGAAACACACUGAAACUACACAAAAUGAAAAUGUCUGGGACAUCAAAGCCAUUCCAGGUGGAUUCACCGGGACCUGUUCUAUUAGCGUCUAGAAAUCUAACCUGCAUCAGCGUAUUAGCAAAAUGUACAUGUGAUGAUUUUUUUGGUGUGAUUCUGAACCCAGGUUUCAAGGAUUCAGCAGUUUGUUAAGCAUUUUUAAUGAAUUUCUACAAUUACUACUUGUGCAGCCUCGUUUUGUGCCCUUAAUUUGCAAUUUAGAGCACAUUAGAAAGGGCUAGAAGUGUAAGAUGGGAGAAGGUACUCCCCAGUGCUUCAGGGGGGUUAAGGGUUAAUGCUUAUUCAUAUGUUAACUGUUAUGUCCAAGUAAAUGCUUUUCUGUAAAUAUCUAUUUUUUCAUUUGUUUCUUAUGUUGUAUCUGAAGACAAUUCUGAAUCUUAACCAAAGAAAAAAGCCAAGGGAAGUUGGUUUCUGUCACAUGUCUUCGAGUGGUUGUGGUUAUGGUUUUGGAUGUGAUGUUAAAAACAAACCAAUUCCACCUACCAAACAGUUCUACAGCUGUAUAUUAACUGGUUGCCUUGAAUGAGUUUAACUAAUAAAAUAUUGAAAACUGGCA